CCACCAUUUCCAUCUGAUGAACCACCACUGAAUCAUGUCCUUCCGAACCCGCGCCUCCUCCUUCACCCGCCUCCUCCUCCGCCGAAACCCUAGAUCCUCCUCAUCCCUCCGUCAAAUCUCCACUCUCAACACCUCAUCAUCCACAUUCCCCAGGCACAUCUCCCCAUGGAUCUCAUCCUCCCAUAACCACCACCACCACCACCGCCGCUUCUCCUCCUCCUCCUCCUCCGCAUCCACAAUCUCCCCCGCCGAAGCCGACAGAGUAAUCCGCGACCUCCUAACCGAAGUCGAGAAAGAAAAGCAGCGCGAGAGAGAAGAUCGGCAACGCCAAGGCCUCGACUGCAAAGACAUCGACGCCGAAGACGAAGAGGAUCACCUCGGGAUCACCCCGUUCAUCGAGAAACUCAAAAAACAAAACCUAAAAGACGAAAACAGCUCCGAACUCAACCGCCGCGAGGAGUCCUCCGACUCCGAUAGCGAGCUCGACGAAGUGGACUGGGAAGAGGAACGGAAGAAGGAGAACAUCUUCAACAAGAAGUUCCAACGGCACAAGGAGCUUCUCCAAACGCUAACGAAGUCCGAGACGCUUGACGAGGCCUACAAGUGGAUGACGAAGCUGGAUAAGUUCGAGGAGAAGCAUUUCAGCCUCGGGCCGGAGUAUAGAGUCAUCGGGGAGCUGAUGAAUCGGUUGAGAGUCGCGGAAGGGAAAGAGAAGUUUAUGCUUCAGCAGAAGAUUAAUAGAGGGAUGAGGCUCGUUGAGUGGAGAGAGGCUUUUGAUCCUAACAACCCUGCGAAUUACGGAGUUAUUGAGCGUGAUAAUGUUCAGAACGCUGGGGAGGAGAAGGAGGAGCGUCUUGUUGGUAAGGAGGAGAGUGGUGAUGGUGGGGAUGAGGAGGAAGAGGAGUUUGAUGAUAUGAAGGAGAGGGAUGAUAUUUUGUUGGAGAAGUUGAAUGUGAUUGAUAAGAAGCUUGAGAGUAAGUUGUCUGAGCUUGAUCAUACGUUUGGGAAGAAAGGGAAGAGGUUGGAAGAGGAGAUUAGGGAUUUGGCUGAGGAGAGAAAUGCUUUGACUGAGAAGAAAAGACAACCUUUAUACAGAAAAGGAUAUGAUGUGCAUGUAAUUGAUGUUAAGAAAGUUGCCAAGGUUACAAAGGGUGGUAGGGUUGAAAGGUACACUGCUUUGAUGGUCUGCGGGAACUACGAAGGUGUAAUUGGGUACGCAAAAGCAAAAGCUGAAACCGGCCAGGCUGCAAUGCAGAAGGCAUAUGAGAAAUGCUUUCAGAAUCUACAUUACAUAGAACGUCAUGAGGAGCACACCAUUGCACACGCAAUACAGACUUCUUACAAGAAAACUAAGUUAUAUUUAUGGCCUGCACCAACAACAACGGGAAUGAAAGCUGGGAGAGUUGUGAAAACAAUGUUGCUCCUUGCGGGGUUCAAGAACAUCAAAUCUAAGGUGAUUGGUUCAAGGAAUUCAUACAACACAGUUAAAGCAGUAUUGAAGGCGUUAAAUGCGGUGGAAACGCCCAAGGAUGUUCAAGAAAAGUUUGGCCGGACAGUUGUCGAGAAAUAUCUACUGUGAGAGCCUUCGAUUUUUGUUGUUGAGUUUUGGAUCAAAUGAUAUGUUUCGUUUUUGGAUUAGCGGAGGGAGUUUAUUACUCUACAAUAGAAAUUUUCCUUCUAUUGUUUUGGUUAAAAAUAAAUGUAGUAAAAUACACGAUCCUUUCACUCAAAUGUGUAAACCUUCGUUAAGAGUCUGAAGCUUGUGUUUUGUUUCCUCAAUUCAUUCAUUAUAUAAUAGAUGGUAGAAAUUAUACAGUUCGGUUAUUGAUAUGUACAAUUGCUUUUUUUACCUAUGUGAACUAGAUUUUAUUGAAGA